AUGAGCGCAACAGAGGUUCAGGUUCCAUUCGCCCCGACGAGCUUCUCAGCGUUAUCCCCUGUCGAGUCUAUUGUCUUCGACGCAAAAGCACUUCAGAAAGCAACGGAGAUCUUGAACGUCAUCUACCGUUAUCGCGCACCAGUUCCCGAAUCCGUAGAGGAUCGCAGCGAUGAGGGAACCCUAAAGUUUCUCCCGCUGAUCUAUUCUCGGGUGAAAGCUCACCAGGCGAUCCAAUUGAUUCUGCCAGCCUUUCCAUUCAAGUCCCCGAACCGCAAGAAUAAAGUCCUGGGUACCUUGCCUGAUAAGGGAGAGGAGACUGCCUUGUCACACCUGAAUGGCUUGUGCGCCGCGAUUACAGAUAUCUACGAGCCUGGUGCUAUAUUGACUAUUGCAUCUGAUGGCCUUGUGUACAAUGACUGA